AUGGAGCCUUCUCCAAAAUCUUCCAAUAGUCGCCAGAUUGGGCGUCCCUACCGCUCUAAGCGUCAUCCACCAUGCGAUCAAUGUCGGCGCAAAAAGCUGCGAUGUGAGCCCGGUACAGGAAGAAGCUGCCAACGGUGCGAGGGAAGGUCCUCGCCCUGUAGCUUCAAUACUUCGCAUGCCUCACCCCUGCCAAGCAUCGAGUCCCUGGAAGUCCAGCAGGCUCAUGGAGAUAGCGGGAUAACUUCCCCGGCCGGUGUGGAUCUCCAUUCACCCCAUACGCCGGCGGGGCCAGGAUCGGCCAUAAAUUAUGAUUCCAGCUUCUUCAACGACCCCGAAGGCACCUUUCUGUUUCCCCUGCAGCCGGAAUUCCAUCUGCCGGAGAGACCGACGCCUCAGGCUAUUCAAACUCUGGAUGGCCUCAGGGGUGUCUCGGCACAGUUGAUUGGGGCAUCUGGGGAAUCGGAUCCGUGGCUGUUGAGGCAUUGCAAGUUCGAUGCGAAUGGGCUUCUCCUGUUUCACCAGGUUCACUUUCGCAAUGCAGGUGGUGUUCCGCGGGAUGAGAAAAUACCUGUGCAUUUCCUUGUUACGACUGAUGAGCUGUAUGACUCGGCUAAGGAGACGACGAAGUAUCACAACAUUGCUUCACGCCGAGACGAGGUGAACUCCUUGGUGUCUCCGGGGUGUGGAAGGCGAUUGGUUUUAUUGUUCAUGAAAUUCGUGUUUCCCACUCUGCCUAUUAUAUCACGAUCCAGACUCGGACUCACCUAUUCGUGUCAUCUUCCCACCGCAGACACUCUGCAGAAUAUUCCUGUGCAUUUAUUAGCUGCCAUCUACGCCUCAGCUCAGCCGUUCACCAAAUUCGACGAGCAUCUCAGCGUUCUCAAUGCGUACACCAAACCACCGACAGACCGACUGUGGCGGAUCGUCUUCGAGAUCGUCAUGGAAGAGAUCCACACCCCCCAUCUGGCUGUCAUGCAAGCAGGUCUCCUGUAUCUUCACAAGCAGCCAGGGAGUCAAAGCGCUGUCGCUGACAGCCCAUUUAUAUGGUCCUUCGUUGGCAUGUUAGUUGGGCUGGCAACUUCUCUAGGUCUGCAAUUGGAAUGCCGACCAAUGGGCUUACCCUCGUGGGAACGCCGUCUACGCCGGCGGAUCUGGUGGGCACUCUAUGCCGAAGACACCUGGCGCAGUCUUCUGAUGGGCCGACCACCGUACAUCCGACAUGAUGAAUGGGACGUGACCGAGCUCGACGAUGACGACUUUCGGCUUGACGGGCACUCAACGGUUGACGAACAUCUCCGGGAGACUGCAUGCGCCCUUCAAUUCCAAAGCUUCGCCCGGUUGUCAUGCCUGGCCAACGAAGUCCAGCAAUGCCUGUUCUCCCUCCGAGCCGCCCAACGCCUAUCCUCCAAUUUCCCCGAAUCGCUCCAAACAGCACGCACCCUCCUAUCCAAACUCAAAGAAUGGUACUCGCACCUCCCUCUCACCCUGCGUCACGAUCACGACAAAUCCUCCCUCCCACCCAACCAAUCCAACAGCCUGCACUUCACCUACAUUUUCCUCGAAGUCUUCAUCUUCCGCAGCCUCCUACGACCCAUGGUCCGCUCAGCAGCCCCACCCCGGCUCUUCGAAGAGCCGCAAUCCAGCCUCGAAACAAUGGUAGACGACUACAUCGCCGAGAUCCUCUCAGCAGAAGACCUCGACCCCAUAGCCAUCGACAACAACACCGGCAACGCAGUCCUCAAAGCAGCCGAGAACUGCGCCGCAACCAUGCUCCGCUCUGUCCUGCGCAUGCCCGCCGACGCCUCCUUCUGGUUCUCCUGGUCCCGGAUCGGUUUUGCGACUGUCUCUAGCUUUUUGAUGCUGCUUGUUGUGCAGGCUCCGUCACGGGAUCAUGCUGUGAGGGCGCGCGGGCUCGUUGAUCUCUGGCGACAGGCGCUGGUGAGGAAUUCGGGGCCGAUGAUGGAUCUGGCGCUUGUGAGACUUAAUGGGCCGUAUUGGAUGGGGUUGGAUCGGAAUUUUUUCCUGGCGGGUCAUGUCCGAGAGGCUAUUGAGGACCGUUGA